AUGAAACAAAUUAACUGUAUUAUUAAUAUUGAAUUUAAGGUUUCUACAAAUCCUGAUAGAGGCUCAUGGUCGUCGAAGCUGGAUUUCAUUUUGUCUGUCGUUGGUUUGGCCAUCGGGUUAGGAAACGUUUGGCGCUUUCCCUACUUGUGUUACAAAAAUGGUGGUGGCGCUUUCCUAAUUCCAUAUUUAGUUGCUUUAUUUUUGGCCGGAAUUCCAAUGUUUUUCAUGGAGUUAGCUUUGGGACAAAUGCUGACAAUUGGAGGAUUGGGGGUAUUUCAAAUUACUCCCAUUUUUAAAGGAAUAGGGUACGCCGCUGCCGUUAUGUCAUGCUGGAUGAACGUGUACUAUAUAGUUAUUUUAGCCUGGGCUGUAUUUUAUUUGGUUAUGUCAAUGCGAGCGGAUGUGCCAUGGCGUAAUUGCAAUAACUCCUGGAAUACGCACAAAUGUGUAAAUCCAUAUAGCAGAAAACAAAUUCAAUGCUGGGUCAAAAGCGAUAAUAUUUCUGGAUCUAGAAUUUGUUCUGUUAAUGAUGUAAAUAUUUCAAUGUCAGACAUAACAGAUCCAGUUAAAGAGUUUUGGGAACGAAGAACUUUGAACAUAUCUUCAGGGAUAGAUAAUAUUGGCUCCGUUCGAUGGGAACUUGCCGGCACACUCCUCCUCGUAUGGAUCUUAUGUUAUUUUUGCAUUUGGAAAGGAGUUAAAUGGACCGGAAAAGUUGUAUACUUCACAGCGUUAUUUCCUUAUGUGUUGCUAAGUAUCCUCCUAGUUCGAGGGGUAACGUUACCAGGAGCAUGGGAUGGUAUUAAAUUUUAUAUUAUUCCCAAUUUCAAUAAACUGACAGAAUCACAGGUUUGGAUUGACGCCGUAACACAAAUAUUUUUCUCAUAUGGAUUAGGCUUAGGAACUCUCGUUGCGUUAGGUAGUUAUAAUAAAUACAAUAACAAUGUGUACAAGGAUGCUUUGCUGGUUUGUACAAUAAAUUCAAGUACAAGUAUGUUUGCGGGUUUUGUAAUUUUUUCUGUAGUUGGAUUCAUGGCACACGAGCAAGAACGAUCGGUAUCAGAAGUGGCGGCGUCUGGUCCAGGAUUGGCGUUUUUAGUAUAUCCAGCAGCCGUUUUGCAACUUCCAGGGUCAUCGUUAUGGUCAUGUUUAUUUUUUCUAAUGCUUUUACUAAUCGGACUUGAUUCCCAAUUUUGUACAAUGGAAGGCUUUAUAACAGCAAUAAUUGAUGAAUGGCCACAAGUUCUGCGAAGCCGGAAAGAACUUUUUAUAGCUAUAGUGUGUACUCUCAGCUAUUGCUUAGGAAUGUCUUGCAUAUCCCAGGGAGGAAUGUAUGUAUUUCAAUUGUUGGAUUCAUACGCCGUAAGUGGUUUCUGUUUGCUGUGGUUAAUAUUCUUUGAAUGCAUUUCAAUUUCUUGGUGUUACGGUGUUGAUCGCUUCUAUGAUGGAAUUAAAGACAUGAUUGGUUACUAUCCAAUUGUCUGGUGGAAAUUUUGUUGGUGUUUUACCACACCAUUGAUAUGCGCAAAAUCAUAA